AUGGGAGGAGGAGGAGGUGGUGGAAGUAAUACAGAUGACGAAAUGAAAAAAAUUGAAAAAAUCGAUUACAUAACCAACAUAAUAUGGAACAGCAUAGAGAAAAAGAAAAAACAUUACGGUAACGAAACAACAGCAGCAACAGGAACAGCAACAACAACAACAAAGCCGGAACCAACGGAAGAAGAAAUCGAACAAGAUAAAUUAGAAGCAGAAGAAUUACAAGAAAUAAAAAAAAUUGCAGAUGUCAUCGACAUGGAACCCAAUCUCCCAGGAGCUUCGACUAUUGGAUUUUUACGUAGAUGUGCUUCAUUUAUGAACGCCAUUUCAAACAUAAUGCUCAUGUAUGUUAAAAGACAAAACAAUCCACAAAGCCAUUGGACAACACGUUUUAUUCAAAGACUAAGAGAAUAUUUUCAAACCAAACACAUGUAA